CUUGGAGUUUGGAAGAGGAUAAAAUGGCAUGUAUAACUACAGACAAUGGAUCGAACAUAGUGAAGGCCAUCUCCAUCAACCACUGGACCAGACUCCAAUGUUUUGGCCAUAGGCUACAUCUGGCAAUUGAAAAUGCUGUGAAAGAUCCACGAAUUGACCGUGUCACAGGCCUUUGCAGAAAGAUUGUGAGCACUUUCAGUCACAGCUGGCUACGGAGGAGAAACCUUGCCAUAGCCCAGAAAGAGCUCAAACUCCCUGAGCAUCAACUGAAAACUGAGUGCCCAACAAGAUGGGGAUCGAGACAAGAGAUGAUUCAGAGGAUCCUGGAACAGCUUCCAGCCAUCUCACAGAUCCUAAAUGAUCGAAAACUUAGACAUCUAGUGCCUACAUGGCAGGACAUAGAAGUCCUUGAGGCAAUGAACAACACCCUAAGUCCUCUGGCUGAAUUCACCGAUGCGCUCUCUGGAGAACUAUAUGUCAGCAUAUCCUCUGUGAAGCCGGUUCUCCACCUUUUUGAAAUCUCUGUUUUGGCUGUGCAUGAUGAUGACACACAAUUCACAAAAUCAGUGAAGUCAAACAUCCUGAAAUAUCUACAAGAGAAGUACAGUGAUCCCCAAACUCAGGAUCUACUCGACAUGGCCACAACCCUCGAUCCUAGGUUCAAGAUGAACUACAUCAGUGAGGAGAAGAAAGCUACUGUUAGAGCAAGGCUGACAGACGAGAUGACUGGCAUAACUGUAGUUAUGCCAAAUGCCUCCCCAGCACCCCCCAUGAAGAAGGGCCGAAAGACCCUUGGAAGUUUCUUCAAAAAAGCACAAGGCAAUGACGAGUCCUCUUCUCUAGAGCAAGCAAUGUCCACAGAGCUGGAGGCAUAUCUUCUGGCAUGCAAGAUCGACAGUGAAGAUGACCCCUUAAUCUGGUGGAGGCAAAAUAGAUCUGUAUAUCCACGGUUGUCUGUGUUGGUGAAGAAAUACCUAUGCAUUCCAGCUACCAGCUCACCUUCUGAGCGGCUGUUCAGUACAGGGGGCAACAUUGUGACAUGCCACCAUGCAUCACUAAAGCCAGAGCAUGUGGACAGACUUGUGUUUCUGGCCAGGAAUCUUUAAGUGCCAUGUUCAGGGUCACAUAUAGGGUCAUAUGAGAGGCCUAUGUUCCAAAGAAAUGAUUUGUGUUUUAUUGAUGCUUAUUUAUGUUAAGUUAAAGUUGGUUCAGUAUACUCGUUUUUGAUACUGCACUUUUUUGUUG